AUGUCCAACAUCUUCGGAAGUUUUUCCAUUGACUUCAGCAGGGUUUUGAUCAGGCUCUCGGCAGGUAAAAGUGGCAAAUCCAAACGCAGCAAAUCCAAAGGCUCCAGGAAGAAGACAAAGAAGCCCGUGAGCGAAGUGGAUAUCCUUAGCCCAGCUGCCAUGCUCAAUGCCUACUACAUUUCUCACAAUGCUGCUGCCUGCCUGGAGUUCCGUGGCUUUAGCUGGCCUGACUCCCCCAAAAAGAAAGGGAAGAAAGGAAAGUAGUAAUUGGAUGGAAGGCCAGGGACCCAUGAUACAUCAGGCUUCACCGCGAAAAGGAGAACCCUUGUUAAGGAUUGAAAGCAAAGUGAUCACUCAGGUUUUUAACUCUUACGGUUUGCCAUAAUCACUGUGAAGGCCAGUACAGAGACACUCUUGUUAUGAUUUGAGCAUCAGGUAGUAAAUGUUAAUUUAAGAUGCUUACUGUGCCAGUGUAAUAUUAACCAUGGCUGUUAGCCUGCUAAUUCUGGCAGCAAAUAAAACAUUGCAUGUCUGUGAGCAAUUCUAAUGAUGUGCGGGGUGGGGGCGGAGAUUCAUUUUGUACUGAUAGCUCCUGCUGCUACGCCUGCUCUUAGAAAUCUAAUGUAGUCCCUGAAAGCCAGUGCACACCAAAGGUGGUGUGUCUGCCAUUGCUAAACCAAGGGUUGCCAAAGUGCAGUCUCAUAAGAUGCAGCCCAUGGAGACUUCAUGGCCCAGCAUGCAGUGAUCUCUCAAUCUGAGCAUCCUGGCCACAAGCUUUGUGUUAAAGAUUAGAGUGGCUACAAUCAGUUCCAUUUUAUACCAAUUAAAUGCAGCCCUUGGGCACCUGGCAAACUGCUAAUCAGUCACCUGUUGGGCAAAGUUUGUGUGCGCACAGCACAUAUUUAUCACAGGGCUGGUUCAAGCAAAUGUUAUUCCAUCCACUCCCAGCUACAAGUCCCAGGAUUUGGUAUGAAAUGUUUUUCUUAACUAUCCCAAGUUCUUAUGCAUUGCCAGCUCGGAGGGUUGGGGCAAUAGGGAAUGUGUUAAGAACUGAUGUAUGUGUUGGAGUAAGUAAGUGGAUAGAAGUGUCCUCAGACAGGAGGGGAGGAAAAUCUGCAGUGAGCCAGGGCUACAAUAAAAGAGGGAGACAUCCUGAUUCCCUAGGAUGUUCAAGUUAUUGCCAGCAUGAAAGCUUGUGCACCAUCCCAUGUGGCAUAACGUGAGCAGGAAACUUUCAGCUGGUUUCUGCCUGGGGUGUGGGCCCUUUGGUUGCAGGUUUGGCAUCGUUGUCUGAACAGCCUCUGAAGAAUCGGACUGAAAGCAAUUUCUGACUGUCUUUGAAGUAAGGAAGAAUUUGAUGCCUUUCUGAGGUCUAGGUAAAGUGUGUUACUGACUUUGGAAGAGCAGCUUAGAACCAAUUAUUAUUGGUUCUAUCUUAUUAUUAAAUGCCUGGUAGGCCCUGCUGUGGCCUUGCAAGAUGGAGAUUUUGCUGUAUGCACAGGUCUCAUUUGGGAAGUCCAUAGUUCUGUGGCUCUGCUUAGAGGCCCAAAUACUUCCACUCUUUACACUAGUGCAAACCUGCUACUCUAGUGGUGUUGCACAGAUAUAACUGAACUUGACCUGUCUGCUAUACUGCCCAGCAUGCCACCCUCCCACCCACAAUGGCAUAUUCUCACCAUAGAAUCACAUUCCACCACCGCCACCCCCAUCAUCCAGCAGGAUGUCUCAGGUCCCACCGUACAGCUGUGACUAUUCUUUCCCCUCCAUAAUGUGGCUCCAAAGAGAGAGAGCAACAGUCUGCCCUAUAUGCAUAGUACAUCCCAAACUACACCAGAGCUUGAACCAGUUUUUGGAUGAUUUGUCAGACAGGUGUACAGGAUCAAUUUACAGAAGGGGCGAAAGAGACUUGGGGAAAAGUGGUGCAAUCUGAUAUCCAAAUAAAGCUGUUAGAUGAA